AUGGUCUACUCAUACUUCAGACCUGACAAAUCAAUUGCACACAUGCAAGCACUUGGAGAUGCCCGGGGGCUCCUUGCUGCAGCUUCCCGUAACUCUGACAGUAAGGACAUGGUGCAUGGUCACAAAGGGUUCCAGUUCCAAAACUGGGCUAGGACCUAUGGCUGCUGUCCAGAGAUGUACUAUCAACCCACGUCAGUGGAAGAGAUCAAAGAGGUGCUGGCCCUAGCCAGACAACAGAACAAGCGAGUGAAGGUGGUGGGCGGUGGCCACUCUCCCUCAGACAUCGCCUGCACUGACGGCUUCAUGAUCCACAUGGGCAAGAUGAACAGGAUUCUCCAGGUGGACAAGGAGAAGAAGCAAGUGACUGUGGAAGCUGGCAUCCUUCUGGCUGACCUGCACCCACAGCUGGACAAGCAUGGCCUGGCCCUGCCCAAUCUGGGAGCCGUGUCAGAAGUGGCUGCAGCUGGUGUCAUCGGGACUGGAACGCACAACACAGGGAUCGAGCAUGGCAUCCUGGCCACCCAGGUGGUGGCACUGACCCUGCUGACAGCCGAUGGCACCAUUCUGGAGUGUUCCAAGUCAAGCAAUGCAGAGCUAUUCCAGGCUGCACGGGUACACCUGGGCUGCCUGGGAAUCAUCCUCACUGUCACACUACAGUGCGUGCCCCAGUUCCACCUGCAAGAGACAUCAUUCCCUUCGACCCUGAAGGAGGUCCUGGACAACUUGGACAGUCACCUGAAGAAAUCCGAGUACUUUCGCUUCCUCUGGUUCCCACACACGGAGAACGUCAGCAUCAUCUACCAGGACCACACCAACAAGCCCCCUUCCUCUUCAGCGAACUGGUUUUGGGACUACGCCAUUGGGUUCUAUCUCCUGGAGUUCCUGCUGUGGACCAGCACCUUCCUGCCGUGCCUCGUGGGCUGGAUCAAUCGCUUUUUCUUCUGGCUCCUGUUCACCCGCAAGAAGGAAAACAGCAACCUCAGCCACCGCAUCUUGACCUACGAGUGCCGCUUCAAGCAGCACGUCCAGGACUGGGCCAUCCCCAGAGAGAGAACCAAGGAGGCCCUGCUGGAACUGAAGGCCGUGUUGGAAGCCCACCCCAAGAUGGUGGCCCACUACCCCGUGGAGGUGCGCUUUGCCCGGGCCGAUGACAUCUUGCUGAGCCCCUGCUUCCAGAGAGACAGCUGCUACAUCAACAUCAUCAUGUACAGGCCCUAUGGCAAGGACGUGCCACGGCUGGACUACUGGCUGGCCUACGAGACCAUCAUGAAGAAGGUGGGGGGCAGACCCCACUGGGCCAAGGCCCAUAACUGCACCCGGAAGGACUUUGAGAAAAUGUAUCCUGCGUUCCCCAAGUUCUGCGCCAUCCGUGAGAAGCUGGACCCCACGGGGAUGUUCCUGAACUCAUACCUGGAAAAGGUGUUCUACUGA